AUGGCCCCGGACCCCGGUGACCGUGCCCAGCACAGUCUCCUGCUCCAGCGGCGCCGUGUGACUGUGCGCAAGGCCGAUGCCGGCGGGCUGGGCAUCAGCAUCAAAGGGGGCCGGGAGAACAAGAUGCCUAUUCUCAUUUCCAAGAUCUUCAAAGGCUUGGCAGCUGACCAGACAGAGGCCCUCUUUGUUGGGGAUGCCAUCCUGUCCGUGAACGGGGAAGACCUUUCCUCUGCCACUCAUGACGAGGCGGUGCAGGUUCUGAAGAAGACAGGCAAAGAAGUGGUAUUGGAGGUCAAGUACAUGAAGGAAGUCUCACCAUAUUUCAAGAACUCUGCCAGCGGGACCUCGGUUGGCUGGGACUCGCCUCCUGCCUCACCCCUUCAGCGGCAGCCUUCCUCCCCUGGUCCCCCACCCCGAGACUUCAACGGUGCCAAACACAUGUCCUUGAAGAUGGCAUAUAUCUCGAGAAGGUGUACCCCCAGUGACCCAGAGCCCAGGUAUCUGGAGAUCUGUUCGGCAGAUGGUCAAGACACCCUCUUCCUGAGGGCCACGGAGGAGGCUAGUGCAAGAUCGUGGGCAGCUGCCAUCCAAGCCCAAAUCAAUGCUCUAAUGCCCUGGGUCAAGGACGAGCUGCAGGCACUGCUGGCAGCUACCAGCACAGCUGGAAGCCAGGACAUCAAGCAGAUCGGCUGGCUGACUGAGCAGCUGCCCAAUGGGGGCACAGCACCCACCUUGGCCCUGCUGACUGAAAAGGAGCUGCUCCUCUACAGCUGUGUCCCCCAGACCCGUGAGGCCCUGAGCCGGCCAGCCCGGACUGCCCCACUCAUCACCACCAGGUACCCACAGGCAGGCAGGAGAGCAUCACCCAGAGCUCGAGGGGAUGAUGCUUUAGACGGGCCUCAGAAGUUGCGGACUUUAGCCCUAUUUUGCCCUGAGGGUAGGGAUGUCUCUGUGCAGAGUGGGUAUACAGAUGGCAUGACAAGUAGUGAGCCUCCCAUCCCUGGUGGUAUUCAAGCCCCACUUUUGGAGCUGCCAGUUGGGGUUGGAGGUAGGCUUGUGGUCUCUGAGGGCCAGCUCUGCCCAUUCCACACACCCUCCCCAUGCCCAUGUGCCCUCCCUGCAGCCUGCACGUGGAACGGCCGCCCCUGCAACCUCUCUGUGCACAUUGACAAGGGCUUCACACUGUGGGCAGCUGAGCCAGGUGCGGCCCAAGCUGUGCUGCUCCGACAGCCCUUUGAGAAGCUGCAGAUGUCCUCGGACGAUGGUGCCAGUCUCCUGUUCCUGGACUUCGGGGGUGCUGAAGGAGAGAUUCAGCUGGACCUGCAUUCGUGCCCCAAAACCAUGGUCUUCAUCAUCCACUCUUUCCUCUCGGCCAAAGUCACCCGCCUGGGGCUCUUGGCCUAGAGGUCGCCAGGUGCACUAGCCCCAAGGAGGGGGUGUCCACCCCAUGGCCUGACCUGGCCCUCCACUGACUGCCUGCUCAACACUGGGCUGAGGAAAAGGAGAGGAAAGGAAUAAGGAUGCAGAGAGACCCAGCCCCUGAGGAGGCUGGGAUAGUCUUGGGGACUGGGACCCAGAUUCAGGACAGUGGAUCCUGCUGUGAUGGGGUAGUUUCCCUGUUGCCCCUGCCCCAUCUCCCCACCAGUGCCUUUGCAGAGAGAUAUUUUGUGUACACAGAAGCCAUUCCAAGCCUGGGACUGCCCCUGUGGGGAUCCUGACCCCAGCCAGCAACUGCCAAGCCUCCUAGAGGCCCCAAAGCCACCCCAGAGGCCCCAUCUGAAGCUGGAGUUCCCUGGAGUCUGAAGCAAUGGAAAGAGGAGCCUUUCUGUUCAUUUCUACCCUCAGCCCCACCACCUUGGGGCAUGUGGUUUUCCCCUUCAUCUUCUCUUUCCUCCUUAUUCUUGGACAAAUAAACAACCUGUGAGCACACAGGCAGCCUGA